AUGGGUUCUUCCAGUACCAGAUCUCUGCCUAAAGUCACAAUAUGUUGCAUUGCAGUGCUACUGUUUCUUUCCUGCUUCAGUUUUACUACUACAGAAGCUUAUGAUGCUGUUGAUCCAAAUGGAAACAUCACAAUCAAAUGGGACGUCAUAAGUUGGACCCCUGAUGGCUAUGUUGCGGUUGUCACACUUUACAACUUCCAAAAACAUCGUCCCAUUCGAGCACCGGGAUGGACUUUGGGGUGGUCAUGGGCCAGGAAAGAGGUGAUAUGGAGCAUGGUGGGAGCUCAAACAACUGAGCAAGGAGAUUGUUCGAGAUAUAAAGGCAACAUUCCACAUUCUUGUAAGAAAACUCCAACUGUGGUUGAUCGGUUGCCGGGGACGCCUUACAAUCAGCAAAUAGCAAAUUGUUGCAAGGGAGGAGUGGUAGCUCCAAAUGAUGUGAGUUCAUUUCAAAUUAGUGUUGGUGCUGCAGGAAACACCAACAGGACAGUUAAGUUGCCGGUGAACUUCACAUUGUUAGCACCAGGACCAGGAUACACUUGUGGAUUUGCUAAACUUGUUAAACCUACUCUAUUCAUCACCCCAGAUGGAAGGAGGACAACCCGAGCUUUGAAAGCUUAUGAUCCACUUGAUCCAAAUGGAAACAUCACCAUCAAAUGGGAUGUUAUAAGUUGGACCCCUGAUGGCUAUGUGGCUGUUGUCACGCUUUUCAACUUCCAACAAUAUCGCCAUAUUCAAGCACCAGGCUGGACUUUGGGAUGGUCAUGGGCCAAGAAAGAGGUUAUAUGGAGCAUGGUGGGAGCUCAAACAACUGAGCAAGGAGAUUGUUCAAGAUAUAAAGGCAACGUACCACAUUGUUGCAAGAAAACUCCAACUGUGGUUGACUUGUUGCCGGGGACGCCUUAUAAUCAGCAAAUUGCCAAUUGCUGCAAGGGAGGGGUGAUAAAUUCAUUUGUACAGGACCCAUCCAAUGCUGCAAGUUCAUUCCAAGUUAGUGUUGGUGCUGCAGGAACCACCAACAAGACUGUUAGGGUGCCAAGAAACUUUACCUUGUUAGCACCAGGACCAGGAUAUACUUGUGGACCUGCUAAAAUUGUUAAAGCUACCAAAUUCUUUACCCAAGAUGGAAGGAGGACAACACAAGCUAUGAUGACAUGGAACGUUACAUGUACAUAUUCUCAGUUCUUGGCUCAGAAAACUCCGAGUUGCUGUGUUUCACUCUCUUCCUUCUACAAUGAUACUAUUGUCCCUUGUCCAACCUGCACAUGUGGCUGCCAAAAUACUUCUCAUCCAGGGAGCUGUGUAGACCCUAAUAAUGCGCCACAUCUAGCAUCUGUUGUUCCGGCCAAUGGGAAGACCACUAACCUUGCACCUCUUGUCCAAUGCACAAGUCAUAUGUGUCCUAUACGAGUUCAUUGGCACGUAAAACUCAACUACAAAGAGUACUGGCGUGUUAAGGUCACAAUAACGAAUUUCAAUUACAGAAUGAACUACUCCCAAUGGAACUUAGUGGUUCAACACCCCAACUUUGACAACCUGACUCAAAUAUUCAGCUUUAACUACAAAUCUCUGACUCCUUAUGAAGCUAUAAAUGAUACUGCCAUGCUUUGGGGAGUUAAAUUCUACAAUGAUUUCCUUGAGCAAGCUGGUCAAUAUGGAAAUGUUCAAUCAGAGCUGCUCUUUAGGAAAGAUAAAAACACUUUCACUUUUGAUAAGGGAUGGGCUUUCCCUCGAAGGAUCUACUUCAAUGGUGAUAACUGUGUUAUGCCACCUCCUGAUUCAUAUCCAUAUUUACCCAAUGCCAGUUCCAGGCACGGUAUCUCAGCUGCUAUUUUAGUGGGCACUCUUUUGUCAACCAUUGCAUUCUUCUUCGGAUGUCUGUGA